AUGUGUGAUGAUAUUAAUGGACUACUUCACGAUACAUUUAGAAAUGUAGAGGCUGAAUUGGGGCAUGAAGAGGGAUUACCUGAAGAUGCAAAGAGAUUUUUUAAAUUAUUGGAGGAUGGAAAGCAACAAUUAUAUCUGGGGUGUGAAAAUUUUAGUAAAUUGAGCUUCACCAUUUGGUUGUUCUUGUUUAAAUCAUUGCAUAGGUUGAGUAAUGUAGCAUUUUCAGAUUUGUUAGUGUUGAUAAAAGAGGCAUUUCCCUUUGCUCAAAUACCAGAGUCUUUCAAUAAGGCCAGAAAUGUGAUAAGAGAUUUGGGUCUUGAUUAUGAAAAAAUACAUACAUGCCCUAAUGAUUGCAUGUUAUUCAGGAAGGACAAUGAGAAAGCUGAGAACUGCUCUGUAUGUGGGACUUCUAGAUGGAAGAGUAUUGAUGGUGUCUCAACCAAUGCAAGGCAUCCCGCUGAUGGACAAGCAUGGAAGAAUUUUGAUCGCUUAUAUCCAGACUUCUCUAAAGAUCCUCGUAAUGUCAGGUUGGGUCUCUCAAGUGAUGGUUUCAAUUCAUUUCGAACAAUGAGCAUUUCUCAUAGCACGUGGCCUGUUAUGUUGAUGAACUAUAAUUUAUCACCAUGGAUUUGCCUGAAAAUCGAGUAUCUUAUGUUGUCAAUGAUUAUUCCAGGCCCAUCAUCUCCGGUAAAUGAUAUUGAUGUAUAUUUGCAACCACUAAUUGAUGAACUAAAUGAACUAUGGGAACCUGGGAUAAAAACAUAUGAUGCUAAAACCAACCAUACAUUUCAAAUACGUGCAGCCUUAAUGUGGACAGUUAGUGAUUUUUCAGCAUUAGCAAUGCUUUCAGGAUGGAGCACUAAGGAAAAAUUGGCAUGCCCUUCUUAUAACAAAUUAAGCCAUAAUCUUGAUCCUAUGCACAUAGAAAGUAAUAUAUGUGAUACUUUUCUUGGAACUUUAUUGGAGAUAGAUGGGAAGUCAAAUGAUCAUUUAAAUUCUCGAUAUGACUUACAAGAAAUGAGAAUACGAAAGGAGCUACAGCCAGUUGAAGAUAGUAAUGGAAAUAUAAGCUUGGCUCAAUCUUCUUUUUCUAUGAAAUCAGAACAGAAAAGAUUGUUUUGCAGUGUCUUGAAAAAUGUCAAAUUACCUAAACGGUGUGCUUCAAAUAUAUCAGAUCGCGUGCAUAUGAAGGAGAUGAAGAUAUUAGGGUACAAGAGUCAUGAUGCUCAUUUUAUAAUGCAUUACUUGCCGCAGGUUGCUAUUAGAAAAGUUUUUCCUAAGAAUGUUUCAUUGACAUUGAUUAGAUUGGGCAAUUUCUUUAGAUCCAUAUGUAGUAAGGUGAUUAGGCCGAGAGAUCUUGAAAAAUUAGAGUCUGAAAUUGGUGAAAUUACAUCUAACCUUGAAAUGAUGUUUCAUCCAACAUUUUUAGAUAGAAUGCUAUAUUUUCCUAUUCAUUUGGUGAAUGAAAUUAAGCUUGGGGGUCCCAUACAUCUUCGUUGGAUGUAUUUCAUUGAGAGAAGCCUAUGCAAUCUUAAGGCGCUUGUUCGUAAUCGAUCUUGUCCGGAAGCAUCAAUAGCAGAGGGUUAUUUGGUUGAAGAGUGCCCGAUAUUUUGUUCAAGAUAA